UCUUCUUCUUAUCGACGAUUCUACGGCCCGGAAGGCUUGGAAGACCCGAGGAGGAAUCCCAUGAAGAACCACCACCAUCCGUUGCACUCGUUGUCUGCCCGAUGAUAAUAAUGACUCUGCGAUGGAUCAAGGAGAUUCUCCCCUGUUCCUCCCUCUCUCUCUCUCCAGAUUCUUCUUUUCCCCUCUUCUUACUUCCUUUCUUUGAUUCUCAGCUUCUUUUCUUUGCCAUCUCCAUUCUCCCGGUUGUUCUUUCCUUCUCUGGUUGCUUUUCUCGCCUCCUCUUGACUUUUCCCCUUUUGCUAGUUCGUGUUUGAGAUGGAAAGACAAAGGGAUAUGCAGGAGGCAGAUUUGGGAGGAGAGGAAGUGAAUAGGGCUUCCAUGGUCCAUCCUCGGGCCGAAAGACCUGAUCCUGGGAUUGAGAUCAAUACGCAAGCGCUAUCAAUCCAUGAGCCACAGAUCUUUCAUGUUCAAGCGGGGCAGCAGAUGCAAGAACAGGGUCAAGAUGCAGAGUUUAAUAUUCUUAUGAAGCUUGCAGCUACAGGAGGUACAGUUAGAGUUCUUUCUCUUCAAGCAGUACAACAAUCUAUGGCUAGAGCAUGGAGAGACAACUAUUAUGGAAUCUCACAGCUAUCAAGAUACAUCUUUGUUGCACAUUUUCGCUCCUUGGAAGCUGCUAUGUUUGUAAUUACCCGUCAGCCGUGGAGUAUGGGUUCAGACAACUUCUUGAUUGAGUGGAUGGAUCUGGAGGAUCGUGGCAAAAAUAUUCAGGAUUACAAGUUUGAUACUAUUUAUGUGACCAUCCGUGUUUAUGGAAUUCCUAUGAGGUUUAGGUCUCAAGAUCUUCUAGUCAAUAUUUUACAGUGUUGGUCAGCUUUCUGAAUUUCAUCCCUUAAGUCAGUCCAUGAUCUCUGCAAGGCAGGAGUAUAUGUGGGGCACCAUCAGGGCUAAGGUCAGAAAACCAGUUAGAGAUAAAGUUUGGGUUUCCUUUGCUAAGGAUUCUGCUGGUUGGGCUUAUUUGUUCUAUGAGAGGAUUGGUAGGAUUUGCACUUUUUGUGGAGUUAUGUUCCAUAGUGUCCAACACUGUACUGCUAGAAACAGUUUGCUUAUGUCAAGAAGCAGAUUGCAGAUUUCUUUGGAGCAAAUUUCGCCAAAUAGGUUUGGCCAAUGGAUAACUAGUGUGGGGCUGAUUCCUGGACAUUCAGGAGCUAAUUUCCAGGAAGAUUUGACUUCAUUCUCUUCCUUUCUUAACCCACAGUUAGCCAGAUUACAGAAGCAAUUCAUGGAGGAUUCUAAAGGAAAAGAUAAGGUGUCAGAAGGAGUUCAAGAUAAUGAUAAUUACAAAAAAUUAUCUCUCAAGGAAAUUAAUGAGCACAUUAGAAGAAUGGAAGGGCCAAGCUCAUCAACAAAUCCUGAGUUGCAGAUCGCUCAAAAGCAGAAUGUAUCUAAUAUAGUUAUACCUUCAUCUUCAGUAUCAGAUUUGGGCCAUCAGACUUCCCCAAACAAUCAACUGCUUCUGGGUCAGGGAUGUACUAGGACUCAACAUCCUCCAGCUAUACCUUUGUCUUCAUCAUUACAUACCUCUUGUCAGCAUGAUCUUGCAAAUCUUCUUCCUCAUUCAAAUAUUUCUAAUGUUCCAACUCAGUCUGCUGCUCACAUCACUCAGGCUCCCCCUAUCUCUGCUAUUCAUGCAACUUUGAUAGACAAACAUCUUAGUGGGAGUACAAAUAUUAAUCCCAUUCAUACCCGCAUAGUUUCUUCAUCUCCCCCUUCACCUCUCAGAUCCAAUCCCAAGAGGCCGUCCGAGUCGUUGCUUGGUGUUCCCCUUCCUCCGGCGAAGAAAGUGAUUCCUCAUGGUGCGCGGGAGAAUUCAGAUAAGAUUCCUGGGUCAGCCGCCCUCAGUCCCAUUCCCAACUCUGGUUCCCAAGCUUUACAAAGUUCAAGCCUUCUUGGAGCGCCUCCUUCCAGGCCACUUCUUCUUGGUCAGCCAUCUCCAGCUGGUGGUUUGGGGUCUGCCUUAGAGGCUUUUGCUGGUGAUGGUGUCCAACCUGCUUGAAGCACUCACAGUGAAGAACCAAUGUCUGGCAACGCGGUUCCUGGACCUACUACUUCUCAAGGGAGCCGCCUUCGGUCUGGAGGUAGCAGAUGGGACAUUCCUCCAGCUGGGGGAUCUCGUGGUAUGCGUUCCCAUCCUCACGGGGUUCUUCGCUAUCGUCCUGGUUCUUCCACCUGGAAGCGUGACAGCAGCACCAUUCAAAUGGGUAGUACCAUUAAUUUGACUGGAAUCAAAGGAAAGAAUUUGGGAAGCAUGGAUUUAGACACCAAUGUUGUAAAAGGCGGAUCAGCUAUGGCCUUUGGCCAAGAGAAAGGAGGAAAUUAUGAUCCAUGGCCCUUGCGAUCUCCUUCGCAGGCUGUCAGUACAGGUACAGUUAGUGCCCGCCAAGAGGCUUUCUCUCCUGCUGCCAUUGAUCGCCUCCACCACAUGGAUUUCGAUGUUGGUCAAGAUAUGUGUGGUUCCGAAGCUCAAAGAACAAUGGAGAAUCUGAAUGACUUUAAUAACUCUUGCCAAGGGGACAAAGCGGCUUUCAGGAAUGAUCAGUUGGGAGAAGACAUGGAGUUUGACUCUGAAGCAGAAAAGAACAUGACUGAUUCUUUUUCUCGGGCAGCGGCGCAUGGCCCUAACGCGCCUCGGGCGCCAUGAAAGCCAUAGCUUGGAAUUGUCGAGGUAUGGGUCGGGACCUCGGCAAUGAUCGUAUGUUGUUCCUGGCUAAUCUGAUCCGUUCUACUAAAGCUCAGAGGUGCUUCUGGAGGACUCUGGCUUAUGUGGAAUGACGAUAUUAAAGUUUCUGUUCAUAGCGCCUCUUUUCACUAUAUCCUAGCAAAUGUAGUUCAUCAAGCAUCGGGUGUUCACUUCUGUUUGAUUUGUAUAUAUGGUGACCCCUAUCAUAAGCAGACUAGUACUAUUUGGAGUCAAGUUUCUACUUUUGUGUAUGAUAAUCUGGGCAAGCCCAUGAUGUGUAUGGGAGACCUUAAUGAUAUCUUGUAUGAUACUGAUGGUUGCAAUGGUAGUGUAAAUUAUUACCGUAUGUCGUCUUUUCGGUCUCUUGUUAAAAACUGUGGGUUUUUGAUAUUGGUUUUAGUGGACCUGCGUGCACUUGGCGUAAUAGGCAGCACACUGCUAAUCCUAUUUACAGACGCUUGGAUAGAUGUCUUGUUAAUUCUGAUUGGCGUGCACAUUUUCCUAAUACGAAAGUUCUCAAUUUGCCUAUCAUUCUGAGUGAUCAUGCUCCCAUUCUUAUUUCCACAGAUGGUAACUUUGUUAAGCCAAGGCAAAUGUUUAAAUUUGAAAAUUGGUGGUUGCUUGAAAAAGAUUUUAGUAACUUUGCUAGAUCUGCCUGGAAUAAUAGUGCAUCUGCUUCUUUUGUAGCAAAAUCUUCUUCUUUGGCAGGUUCCUUAAAAAAUGGUGUAAAAUGAAAAAGCCCUUCCAGCAAGAACUUUUGGAAUUAGAGACUAGCAUCAAUCAGAUUCAGCAGCUACCACUGCACCAGCAAGAUCAUAACUUGGAAAACUCUCUUAUUCUCAGAUAUGAGCACACCCUCUCUAAACUUAAUCAAUUUUACAAACAGAGAAGCAAGAAGGGUUGGGCCAUUGGGGGUGAUCGUAACACUAAGUUUUUUCAUCAGGCUGUGAUCAAAAGAAGGAAAAGGAAUACUAUUUGUUCAAUUAAAGAUGAGAAUGAUGUGUUGCACUUCAAGCCUAGUUCUAUUACUAAUACUUUUGUCAAUUAUUUUAGAUACAUCUUCUCCUCAACAAAUGUUAACAUUGGAAAACCUUUUCUCACCACUCAUUUACCUGAGAACUCUUUAGAUCCCACUUAUUCUAUUCCUGAUAAACAUGAAGUCUUGCAGAUUUUGAAAGAUAUGAAGCUUAAUGCUUCUCCGGGUCCGGAUGGAUUUAAUGUUGAAUUUUAUUUGGCGGCCUGGGAGUGGAUAGGAGAGGAAGUCACUCAGCUUGUGGUAAGCUUUUAUCAAACUGGUAUCUUACCUCCUCAUAUAAAUGAUACUAAUAUCGCUCUUAUUCCGAAAAAGUUAGUGCCUCAGGUUCCUAUGGAUUUUCGCCCUAUUAGUCUUUGUAAUGUCGUUUAUAAAAUCAUUGCUAAAUCAUUGGCUAAUAGAAUUAAACCUCAUCUUCCUGAUUAUAUUGAUCCUGCUCAGCAAGAUUUUAUUGAGGGUAGAAGAAUUAGUGAUAAUAUCAUCAUUGCUCAAGAGAUUACUCACACUUUCUCUCUUAAAUCGUGGAAACAUCAAGCUUUCAUGUUGAAAAUUGAUCUUGCUAAAGCUUUUGAUCGCCUAGAAUGAAAUUUCAUUGUGUCUGCUCUCACACGUAAAGGGUUGCAUCGUCAUUUCAUUAACUUGAUAUAUGCAUGCAUUUCCUCGCCUACUUUCUCUGUGCUCAUUAAUGGCCAGCCUUCUCAUAAAUUUAGAAGUUCUAGAGGUAUUCGUCAGGGCUGUCCUAUGUCUCCUUAUUUGUUUGUUAUUGCCAUUAAUGAGCUCUCUCUCGCCCUUAAUGAAGCUCUAGCUGCUCAACAUCUACAAGGAAUUUCGCUUGGACCAAAUUGCCCUCCUAUCCAUUCUCUGUUGUUUGCAGAUGAUCUGUUGGUUUGUGGCCAAGCUAAUAUGCAGGAAGCAAAUUCUAUGGCUCAACUCAUUCAUCACUUUUGUUCUAUUUCAGGUCAAACUCCAAACUGGGCCAAAUCGGCUAUUCUUUUUAGUACUCAUGUCAGUCAAUCUGCUAUACAAGAGAUUAAGCAAGUUUUUCCUGUUUCUACCAUGAACAACAAUUUCACUCAUCUUGGUCAUCCUCUUAUUCUUCCUGCUAAAAAUAGAACUGUUGCAUACAACUUUGUUCUGGAUAAAUUCAUGAAUAAAUUGCCGGCUUACAAAGCUAAUAUGCUUUCUCAUGCUGCUAGGUUUGAAUUGAUUCGUUCUGUUUUCUCUGCUAUUCCUGUUUAUUAUAUGGCUAACAUUUUGUUCACUAAGAAGUUUAUUACAAAACUUACUGCUAUUAUUAGGAAUUUCUGGUGGACAGGUGUUAGGGAAAAGGAUUCCAGAAGAAGCCUUUGCCUUAGAGCAUGGAAAGACAUAUGCGAUUCUAAGAAAGAAGGUGGGCUGGGCAUAAGGAAUUUGCAGGCUAUUAAUGAGAGUCUCAUUAUUGCAGCAGCUUGGAGAAUUGCUAAAUCACCUUCUUCUCAGUUGUACCUCAUUCUCAAAGCUAAAUACUUUCAUGACUCUUCUAUUUGAACAGCAAUUUCUUCUCUGCCUAAAUCAGCUUUCUGGACUUCCGUUUUGAAAAUGCUUCCCAAGUUGAAAGAUCAUUCUUUUUAUCAAUUAACCCAAGGUAAUAUCUCUAUUUGGAGCACACCAUGGUGCAGUCUUUGGGCCUCUAUCCAUGAUCAUCUUAUUAUUCAAGAGCCUGGCUUCAUGUAUCCUUCUUUAGUUAGGGACCUUUGGCUUCCUGGUCAAAAAGCUUGGAAUUCUGCUCUUGUUAAUUCUCUUUUUCAGCAUCCAUUGGCCUCUGUGAUUCUCCAAACGGACAUUAUCUAUGAUGAUGGUCCAGAUCUGCUUUGUUGGGAUCUUUCUUCUAAUGGUAUUUGUUCUUCUAAAUCUGCUUAUAAGUUUUGUUUGCAGGAAAUUCAUGAAAAUCCCAUGAAUGCUCCUUCUUCAGUGUCUUUGGAGGUGAAGGACUUGCUUAAGUUGAUCUGGAAACAAAAACAAAUGCUACCCAGAGUUAAAACUUUUGCUUGGAGACUCUUUCGGAAAGCUUUGCCUACAGGUUUAAGGGCGGGUCAUUUUUCCACUCAUAUUUCUCAGGCUUGUUGUAGGUGUGGUAAACAAGAGGAUGAAUUCCAUUUGUUCUUUUUAUGUGAUUUUGCUCGUGCGGCAUGGUUCUCCUCUCCUUGGUUCAUUAGAUCAGAUGUUUUAGUUCAAGGCCAUACUAAUUUGCAUUCCUCUAUUUCUACCUUUCUUCGAAUGUCUCAUCCUCAUGUCUCUAUUGAAAAUAUUCUUAAUUUUUUGUGGUGUCUUUGGAAGGCUAAAAAUGAUUUUCUUUUUGAUCGAAAAAAAGCCCUCCCUCAUCAUGUGCACAUUGUUGCAAAAGCCUUUUCUUAUGAUUUAUAUGAUGUUUCUAAUCAUAUGCCUAGCUUGCAGGAGGUGCCUCAAGUUCAACUUUCUCCUAAUCAACUUCCUCUGCAGGGAAAGACUCUUAAAUCUGAUUUGCUCGUUCUUGGUCCUAAAAUAUACUCUGAUGCAGCUUUCAGAUGUAAGAAAGUUCCAGGAUUGGUGCAAGGUUCGGUUGCUACUGGAGUUGGAAUCUAUCUUUCCUGGCCUCAAGAUCAAAUUGAAGUAAAUGUGCAAAUUCAGGCUUCAGCUCCAGCUACAUCUUCUCCAAUACAGGCAGAAGCAUUUGCACUUUCUUUUGCGGCUCAUCUGGCUAACAGGCUUAACAUUAUGCACCCAACUUUUCUUAUGGAUUGUCUAUCCUUGGCCUCAUUAGCUGCACCGGGUGAGAUUGUGGAAGCCAAUACCCCAUGGAGUAUCCGGAAACUUUUGGGUGAUUUCUUCAAGCAAGUGUCAAAUUUGCAACCUGAAGUGUUUCAUAUUUCUAGGGAAAUUAAUGGAAUCGCUCAUAAUGUAGCUCAUCAGGAUCUAUGUUCUAAUGUUGAACCUGAAAUAUGUUGCUUUCCUUCAGCCUAUAGACAUAUAUCUUGCCCUGUUGUUUCUCUCCUACAUACAUUUCAGGUUCAGGGCUUUGUAAUUCAUGCUGUAAGAUGCUAAAAAUAAAGGGCAGGGAGGAGGGAGGGCAUCGGGAUGGGAGACGGGCGUUGCUGGAGAAGGGGCGAUGAGGAGCUGCUGGCCGCGGCGCCGCUGCCGUGGCCGCACGGCGGCCGGCGCCGAGGAGGCCGCGGUGCAGCAGACGCCCGAACGCCGGCAUCGACAUGCCUGCUCUUCUUUCUUCCUCUUGCUUUGCUUGUCCCUCCCGUGAACACGAUCGAUGCAGCUCG